AUAUGUCAGUUUUUUUCUAAAUAUACUUCUGGGAUGCCCCACGAUCAUUUUGAGCCCAAAAAGAAAAAAAUCGCUUGGGCCGUUUUUGACAAAACUCUUUUUUUUGAAGGCGUUAAUUAACAUAUUUAAACAAAAGUCUCUCCGAAUGUGACUUAAACCAAGAGUAUGCAAAAUUGGACAUGGAAUCUUGGUUCGAUAUAACUGAUAAGGAUUUGAAUGCAGAAUGUGCCAAAGUUGACAAGAAGACUAGAUUAUCUAAUGCGGUUGCAGAUAUUAAAAAAAUUGAUAAAAUUGCUAGAGGUAUACCGACAGAAGUAUUACGUAAGACCAAAUUUACUGAUAAGGAAUUUCUACCACGUGCUACAAACCAAUGUAUGAUUAAUACUCACAUCGAUCAGCUGAUAACAAGUGCCGCCGAUAAAGCUUUACCAUGCGCAAAGAAAGAGAAAUUGGACCACAUUAACAAAACUGCCAAAUCUAAAAUUUGCGAUUUCGAAAGAGCCAAGCAAUAAAAUGAAAGAUGGUAAAAAGAGUUUCAAGAGAACGGAUGGAUAAUAUAAAUGACGACUUCUGAUGUGUCUGCAAUGUGAUUAUAAUCUUUUAUUGUUAUAAUCAGUUAUCAUUAUAAUAAAUUAUUAUUAUAACAAAUAA